AUGUCACAAAACCCCUUAGGAAUUAUAAAAGAGGAAAAGAUACCAGUCACAAAGUUUUCAGAAAAAAAAGGGCUAAGAUCAGAAAGAUAUCACCAGAGAAAAAUAGCCCUGCAUUACCCUGCAAGCUGCUGCCCAAAACCAUCCAAAUUUGGCACAAAAAAUGGUCCAAAGCCAGUGCAUAAACCUUUCCAAAACAGCCAUGUGCAUACCUGCAUCCACAAUAAAACAAAACAGUCCAAAUUUUGCACAAAUAGCCUUACGAAAAUAGGCUGUUAUGGCUGCAUAAACCUGCCCUACAUCACACUACACACUAGUCAUAAAACCUGCUAUCAAGAUAGUCAAAACCAGACAAAAGUCAUCCCUACAAAUCCUGCUACAAAAACAGCCUGCUACUGCUGCCAUAAACAGUCUGAACCCAGUGCUGCAUAA